AUGACAGAUGGCGCUACGUCCGCAUCAUCGGUACCUUUGUACGAACACUACUCUAUUCCGAAGUACCACACUAUUUCACAUGGACAAAAAAAAUGGAUGCCCAGCAAGCAAGGCACACCAACUGAUGCGUGCCCCGGCCUAUUCAAAUCAAACACAUUGGGCCGAGUAUAUACAGUCAAUCCAAGGCAGAUUGAGUGCUUCUAUCUGCGACUGUUGUUGGUUAAUGUCACCGGCCCAUUGUCAUUCCAAGAUAUACGCAAAGUGAAUGGACAACAGUAUCCAACAUAUAAAGAUGCAUGCCUUGCACUCGGCUUGCUCGAAGACGACAAUCACUGGGACGAUAUGCUUGAUGAUACAGCAUUGGACUGUAUAGCAACACAAAAUCGUUUACUAGUCGCUAUAGUGUUGACCGUGACGAGCAGACACGUUGUGGGAUAA